UCUCUUUUGAACAUUUUUAAUAUGGCGGAAGAAUUGACCGCCGUCAGGUCGUCUAGUUUUUAUUAAGUGCAAAAUAAGACAUUUUCGGAGUUUUAUGCACUUGUGUGAUGUUGUUGUAAGGGUUUUUUAAUUCUCAAUCUUCAAACAUUAAUAAUCCGUCGCUCAAUAUUCUUUAAAGGCUAAUUCAAGGAUAAAAAUGUCAAAACGGCAGGCAUUUGGUGAUCACAACCCUGCAGCAUCAGAUGAUGACUCUGAUUUUGAUGAUGAUGAGGAUCCAGAUAAUUUGGAAGUGCCAGGCGGCGGCAAGACGCUGGCGGCGGCCGCGCGGCUGGGCGACAAGGCCAAGCCGCACACCAUGAUGCCGGUCACCGUCAGGGCCACCACCAACCCUCUGGCAGCCGCUUCCGGCGUGGCGUUCGGGCAGGCCACCAACGUGAAGCCCAUCAAGAUAUCGGCCACGUCGCUCACCAAGCCCGUGCACCUCGGCAUGGGCAUGGGCAUGGGCAUGGGUAUGGGCAGGGGAGCGCCGGUCGCGCCCGCCGCCGGCUCGUCCGCCUUCACCAGCGCCGCCUCGCUGCUCGCGCAGAUGGAGAUGGUGGGCAUGCAGAGCAUGAACUCGUACCUGCUGCAGAACCUCAACCAGAUCCUGGCCUCGGGCAUGGGCGGCCCGCUGGCCGGCAUGCUGGGCCAGUUCGCGCAGGUGCCGCCCUGGGCGCAGAAGGGCAUGUGGCCGCAGGAGAAGAUUCCCGGCGAGGAAGAGGAAGUGGACGACGAGGAGAUGGGAGUGGCCGAGACCUACGCGGACUACAUGCCGCCCAAACUGAAGCUGGGCCGCAAGCACCCGGACCCGGUGGUGGAGACGGCGUCGCUGUCGUCGGUGGAGCCGGUGGACGUGACGUACGCGCUGAGCCUGCCCGACGACACGGUGCGCACCGGCCUGCUGUCGGCGCUGCAGCUGGAGGCCGUGGUGUACGCGUCGCAGGCGCACGAGCACAUGCUGCCCGACGGCACGCGCGCCGGCUUCCUCAUCGGCGACGGCGCGGGCGUGGGCAAGGGGCGCACCAUCGCCGGCAUCAUCUUCGAGAACCACGUGCGCGGCCGCAAGCGCGCGCUGUGGGUGUCCGUGUCCAACGACCUCAAGUACGACGCCGAGCGCGACCUGCGCGACAUCGGCGCCGGCAAGAUCGAGGUGCACUCGCUCAGCAAGCUGAAGUACGCCAAGAUCUCGUCGGCGGUGAACGGCAACCUGAAGAAGGGCGUGGUGUUCAGCACGUACAGCGCGCUCAUCGGCGAGACGCAGGCCAACACCAAGUACCGCUCGCGCCUCAAGCAGUUGCUGCAGUGGUGCGGAGAGGACUUCGACGGCGUCAUCGUUUUCGACGAGUGCCACAAGGCCAAGAACCUGUGCCCCGUGGGCUCCGGCAAGGCCACCAAGACCGGACUCACGGCGCUCGAGCUGCAGAAUAAGUUGCCCAAGGCGCGGGUGGUGUACGCGUCGGCCACGGGCGCCUCGGAGCCGCGCAACAUGGCCUACAUGGUGCGCCUCGGCAUCUGGGGGGAGGGCACGCCCUUCCCCACCUUCAUGGACUUCAUCAACGCCGUGGAGAAGCGGGGCGUGGGCGCCAUGGAGAUCGUGGCCAUGGACAUGAAGCUGCGAGGCAUGUACAUCGCGCGGCAGCUGUCGUUCCACGGCGUGUCGUUCAAGAUCGAGGAGGUGCCGCUGUCCGAGCCCUUCCGGGACACGUACGACAAGGCGGUGGCGCUGUGGGUUGAGGCCAUGCAGCGCUUCACGGAGGCGGCGGAGCUGAUCGACGCGGAGCCGCGCAUGAAGAAGACCAUGUGGGGGCAGUUCUGGUCGGCACACCAGAGGUUCUUCAAGUACCUCUGCAUCGCCGCCAAGGUGAACCAGGCCGUGGUGCUGGCGCGCGAGGCGGUGAAGUGCGGCAAGUGCGUGGUCAUCGGGCUGCAGAGCACGGGCGAGGCGCGCACGCUCGACCAGCUGGAGCGCGACGACGGCGAGCUGUCGGACUUCGUGUCCACCGCCAAAGGCGUGUUCCAGACCCUCGUGGAGAAACACUUCCCGGCACCGGACCGGGAGCGCAUCAACCGGUUGCUGGGCCUCGAAGCCAAGACGAAGGCGGUGGUGCCCGUCCCCGUCGUCGCGCCACUCAACGGCAAGAACGGGCUUCCGGACAGCGCGGCCAAGAGGAAAUUGACGGCGCGGCAGCUGGUCAACGCGGCGGCCAAGCGCAGGCGCGGCGGCUCCUCCUCGGACGAGUUCAUCCGCUCGGACGACGAGCUGGACGCCGAGCUCGAGGGCGAGGCCGAGGCGGAGGCCGACUCGGAUCGCGAGGAGCGCCGCUCCGACUCCGAGCUCAGCGACUUCAACCCCUUCCGCGCGGGCAGCGACAGCGACGACGAACCGUGGGUGGGCCGCAAGAAGAAAGUGUCGAAAAAGAAGAAGGCGCCCGCGGCCGCCAAGAAGAAGACGAGCACGCAGGACAAGAUAGAGACCAUGUUCACGCGCAAGAGCCAGGCGCCGCCGCCGCCCGCCGUCACCGUGACGGCCGCGGGCCGCAGCCUCACCGGCACGCCCGUCGGCACCAACGGCCUGUACCUCGGGCCGGCGCGGCCCGUGGCGCCGGCGCGCUCCGCCAUCGAGCGCGCGUGCAGCAUGAAGGAGCAGCUGCUGGCGGCCGUGGAGCGCCUGGGCCGCCGCCUGCCGCCCAACACGCUCGACCAGCUCGUCGACGAGCUGGGCGGCACCGACAACGUUGCGGAGAUGACGGGGCGCAAGGGGCGCGUGGUGCAGACGGAGGACGGCCAGAUCCUGUACGAGAGCCGCUCGGAGGCCGACGUGCCGCUGGAGACGCUCAACCUCACCGAGAAGCAGCGCUUCAUGGACGGCGAGAAGGACGUGGCCAUCAUCUCGGAGGCGGCCUCCAGCGGCAUCUCGCUGCAGAGCGACCGCAGAGCGAGAAAUCAAAGGCGGAGAGUACACAUUACGUUAGAAUUGCCGUGGUCGGCAGACAGAGCUAUACAACAGUUUGGGCGCACGCACCGCUCCAACCAAGUGAACGCGCCGGAGUACGUGUUCCUGAUCUCGGACCUGGCGGGCGAGCGGCGCUUCGCGUCCACCGUGGCCAAGCGCCUGGAGUCGCUGGGCGCGCUCACGCAUGGCGACCGGCGCGCCACGGAGUCGCGCGACCUCAGCCAGUUCAACAUCGACAACAAAUACGGUCGCACGGCGCUGGAAGCGGUCAUGAAGGCGAUCAUGAAGUACGAGACGCCGCUGGUGCCGCCUCCGGGCGACUACGCGGGUGACUUCUUCCAGGACGUGGCCUCCGCGCUCGUGGGCGUGGGCCUCAUCGUCAACAGCGAGGCCGCGCCCGGCAUGCUGGCACUGGACAAGGAUUACAACAAUAUGUCAAAGUUCCUCAAUAGGAUACUUGGCAUGCCCGUAGAUCUGCAAAACAGACUCUUCAAAUACUUUACUGACACACUCGCCGCUGUUAUGGAACAAGCGCGGCGCAGCGGGCGCUUCGACCUCGGCAUCCUGGACCUGGGCAGCGCGGGCGAGAGCGUGCGGCGCGUGCGCUGCGUGCGCUUCCUGCGGCGCCACGCCACCGGCCAGGCGCCCGUCGAGCUGCACACCGUGCACUCCGAGCGCGGGCUGGAGUGGUCGGUGGCGCUGGAGAAGCUGUCGGCCGGCGGCUCGGCCGAGGAGGGCUUCUACGUGUCGCGCACGCCGCGCAACGGCAAGCUCACCGCCGUGCUGUGCCUGGCGCACACGCCCGCGCGCCCCGAGCGCCGCGACCGCCUCGCCAAGAAGGAGCGCAUGUUCCAGAUAUACAAGGCCAACACGGGCCUGCAGCUGCGCCUCGAGUCGCUGGCGGAGAUCGAGAAGAAGUACCGGCGCGCCGAGCCCGGCGACGCGGAGGCCGCGUGGCGCGCGCAGCACGCCGCCUCGCUGCGCACGUGCGCGCACGCCUACUGGCGCGCCACGUGCCGCGACCCGCACUGCGAGGUGGGCCUGCGGCGCCGCACGCACCACGUGCUGGCCGGCUCGCUGCUGGCCGUGUGGGCGCGCGUGGAGCAGGCGCUGGCGGCGCGCUCGGCCGGCAAGAUGCAGGUGGUGCGCCUCAAGACCGACGACGGGCUCAAGAUCGUCGGUACGCUCAUUCCAAAGAACUGCGUGGACACGCUGAAGGAGGCGCUGUCGUCGGACGCCGUGUCCGUCACCGAGCAGACCUUCGAGUCGGACCGCUAGGCCGGCGCACGGCCGCCCGCCGGUGCCCUCCCCUCCAGAGAGAAUCCCCCGUGAAUAGAUGCCGUUUCCUCCGAAACACGCGUGUCUGAGCUGAGGACGACGAUUAUGGAUAUACUAGAGUAAUAGCUGAAAUGAAUAACCUGCGCACGCCGCUCCCCCGACGCUGCUCGGGAACGAGUCCCGCGGCACUUGGCGCGAGCGGGAACGCACAGUGUGCGUGCGUAGCUCGACUGGCACGUGGGUAACUAGUUUUACCGUGCAGAAUCGUCUGAAAUGACUUAUUUGCAAUCGUGCGUUUUUAAAAGUUGAUCUUUCAAAGCGCGACGCGGCAGACGGUAGCGGCGAAGUUGUAUCUAUGCGACAGGUAAAGUAGUGGCAGUCGAGGCGCCUGUUGGGCACGCAGUAGCCUAGUCAAUGGAAAUUGAGCCACAAUUUUUAAAGCAAACAUCAAAUGGAUUUUUCGACGAAGACUUGCCUUUUUGAUUUGCGCGAAUGAUAGAAUUCUCAACGAAAAUAAUAGCCCAGAAGAAGAGGUAUAUUUCCUCGUUCGGAGAGGGUAUUUUACGUUUUGUGAUAGUUAAGGAUCGCGUACACUUUAAGUGAAAAUAUGUUCCUCUUCGUAAUGUGCACGCGCGUCAACCGAUAUAGUAAUGUACGAUGUUUUAUUUAUUUAAUUAUUGUAAGAUCUACGAACUAAGUUGUACCACCAAUGGUUUUUAGCUUUUAUAAUUUCAUGUCGUCUUCGUCUUUUUAAUGUAAGUCAUCCGUAGGGAACUAGAGAUUCGUAUACGAGAAAUCUUUUGUACAAAAUAUCAAUUAGUAAAGCUGAACUUUUUUAAUGACACAGAAAAAUAUAACAAAACCAAUAAGUUUAUUUAUUAAGACGCUUCCACCGGCGCUCCCACCUGCGUCGAGCAGGCUGCGACUGUAGCGCGGUCGCAGCGCGUUUGUUUAAGCAAUUGCUUAGUGCAAACGGUCCCAAUCGAGCGAUUUGUAUAUACUUUAUAUUAGGCAUCAAGAAUUUUGUAUUUCCAUUCAAGCCAAAAAAUUAAUAACAUAUUUUUUAUCUGCACUUUCCUUUAGUUUAUUCAUUGAUGUAUGUUUGGUGGUGUGAUGACUACAGAAGACUAACUGAGGAAGAGACACAGAGCGCGGCGGUGUCUCAGUAGUAGGAGCGUUCCCGAAAGUUGCAACUGGCCGAUCUCAAAGUAUUAUCAGAGUAGUCUCACUCACUUCGGUCAACUCUCGUGACGCAUCGCUGUGGCGUCGUAUUUACUGUGAUUGUAUUAUUGUAAGUGCAAUAAACAUAUUAGGAAAUAUGUAUAUUUGAAAGAGACGAAAAAAUGUCCUGGUUCUCUUUUGUUUAAAUUAGAACUCGUAAAAAUAUGGAUGGCCGCGUUCACUAAACUUAGAGAUCGCCUAAAUCGCCUGAACGAUUUAGGCGAUGUCUAAAGACAAGAAAAGUUUCUCCAUAUCUUUGGUGAUAACUAUUCGUCUUAUGUCUCGGAAUGUCCAAGGCAAUGCCAUAUCAGGCAACGCCUAAUCUAAAUUAGGCGUUACUUAUGAUGACAUUGCCUGGUUCGUCGUUAGUGAAAACGGGCAGUAACGUAAGAUGCCAAGUAGCACAUGAUAAUAUGAUUAGUCGUUUUAAAAAUGUGUACCGACAAAAUUAUAAUAUUGGCAGUUCAAUGUCGCAAACAGGGCGACACGAUAAGUAUAUAUACAUAUGUUAUUACGAUUUUAUAUGUAUAUUAUUAUGCGACGAUUAUUGUUUAAGUUGAAGAAAAUAAAAUAAAAAUAAUGACAAAAAUAUAACUAUAUCAUAAGAAUGCGUUGCUCCGUUAGACAUGUAAAUUGACAUUUGCUAAUGUUCGUCGUCUCACAGUUUUCGCGACUGCCCCGCAUCGGACUUGUCUGUCUUUAUGUAUAAAGACAAAUAAAUGUACAUAUAAUUUAA